AUGUAGAAUAAUAAAUAAAAUCAACCAUGCCCUAAAUCACUGAGAACGAAGGAAAGCACAAUAACUAAGCAUUCAGAAGCAUUUAGUAUAGGAGAAUCGAGAUUACUAGAUCCAAAGGAAAAUUUAGAAUUGUAAGUUCUACGAUAUCCCCAUCCUCAUUUAUAUCAGAAUCCCAGUGUUCAACUAAUGCCCAGCUUUUCAAACUUCUUAUUUAGCAAUUAAUAUAAUACAACCAUAGCUGAUCAAUUAUUACAAGCUUAAAUAUUGCCUCAAAGUAAUGCUUUCUAGGUUAUGCCCUUGAAGAGUUUGGCAGCUGAGGGAAUGCGAAUAGUUUGUGAAAUUGAUAUUCUAAUGUUGAGACACUAUUAUCAUUUAAGAGAAUAAAUUUUUAACAAACACAAUUAAACAGCAUCAAAAAGAAUGGAUAACAACUCCAAUCAAAUUGAUUGGAUCAAAGGAAGAUUCUAAUAUCGAUUUAAAGAAAAGAUUAGUAAAAUGAUGUGUAAAUUGGUGGACGAAGUUAAAUCACUUUUAAAUAAUAAGACUGAGGAUGAUCAAUAAAUCAAUAUCGAGAAAUUAAGAUUCUUACCAGAGGAACUAAUCUAGCUUGAUAAGGAACUGAAGGAAAAGAGAGAAGAUUCAUCUGAAUAUUUGGAUCCAUAUGAGGUUUGUAGAAGGAUUGCAAAGCUUAUAGAGAUGUAUUUUAGGAGUUCUGAUUAGUGA